ACGUAUCGGAGAAGCGAGACUUCCAAAUGCCGUCACCACUGACAGUAUACUUAUCCUCGCUAGAUGUUAAAAGUUGCUCACUCUUAGCAGCCUCAUUCAUGCUUAAUUCAGCGACCUCCUGAGAAACUUCUGCAAUUUUGUCAUUGAUAGCAUCAUAAGAUUUUGUUGAAUCGGAAAUGGUAAGGACAUAAAGUAACAAAAUGUUUGAAGGUCAUUUAGGCCAUGACCUAUGCGCCGCAUAGCCAAAAACUGAUCUGCGGUUAAUUUCAUGUGCAUUUUUUUUAUUGCCAACCAUUUCACAACUUGUAAAUGAAGUUGUUACAUCACAUUUCGAGCACACUAUGUCAAAAGUGGAUCCCUGUCCUAGUUGAAAUUUUUCAACAAUCUUAAUGUUCGAAUUGCAUUUCGAACAAACAGUUUUUUUAGCAAUCGCAGAAAAAAAAUAAGUUGAUGUCAACAAGUCUGUAGCCAUUAAAAUCUUUAGAUGAUUUAGUACGGUUUGCUUCUAAAGAGCAGCGAAAUGAUGGUAACUUCUUACCUUUGGCACUACACAUUUCUUCUUUUUGAACAAAACUAACUUUCAUUGUUUCGGAAUUAACUUCCUUUUUUAGAUAUUUAUUGCCGUGGAACUUUCUUUUCUUUGGCCUCUUGCCAGAAGCACGUUUAAAUUCACCUUCACUCAUGAUUUUACUGACGAAAUUCGAGAAAUAACUUUGAAUAAUAGCACGAAGAAACAAAUUUGUUGUUUCACGAAGUAAACAAACAAGAAUAUAUGUCGUAAUAUGAAGAAAGUUGAGAAGUUUUACUUAAUGAGCAUUUAAUAUUUUAAAAAAUGUUAAAAGGCUUUGCAUAUAGAUAUUAAAAUAAAAUGUAAUCGAAACUAAAGAGGGCGCGGCUAGAACCGCCAUAUUGGUUUCAGUACAGUAGUUUCGGUUUACUAAUGAUUAGUUUUUCAUCAAAAUUUUUGGUACCAAAAUGCUCAGAAAUAUUUGUGUUUUAACAUAUAUUUUUUUCAAAAAUUCGAAAAUUUUGAAGUUUAACAUUACUGAGACGCCUUAACGCAUUAAGAUGCCUUUUCUGUUCGCAUUGACGUAUCGUAAACACAUUCUCGAUUGACGGCAUACGAAAAUUUCUGUUCGCUAAAUAAGAUAUCCUUGGGAAGAUCCAUUUUACGUCCAUAUAAAAAGGGUAAAAAAAAAAAAAAAAACAGUGUCGGUAUUAAUGUCAUUACGAUGCGCCAUUAGAGCGUAUAAGAUAUGCUCUAGCGUAUCAUAUAGAGUUGAGUAUUAAUUUAGCAUUACAUGCAAUAAAUUGAUGAAAUUAUAUAUUAAUUCAUCAAUAAGUUGUGAAUAAUGCAAAUAGGUUAUAUUUAACGAGUAUUUAUUUAUUUCAACAUAUCUAUUAGCGUACAGUCGUCUUUGAAACCCGGAAGAAAAAAGAAAGACUACAGUAACAUUUUAAAUUUAAAGAAAAAAACUGUGAAAGGAAGUUUAGUGCAAUAAUAAAUUGUUAAAUGCUUAUGUGAUUAACAUCUAAAUUUCCAGAAAAUAAAUAAUAUGCUCUGUGUUUUAGACCAAGGAAGAGUUUGAAGAACACACUGGCUGUGUGUCUGUUGAUAUGUUAAAAUAUAGCAAAAUUAAAAAGAUAAAAAUUGAUUGCGAUAAAAGAUGCAUGAAAAAAAUUCCAAAGCAAAUUGAUUGGUCACAAAAAGGUAUAAUUACACCUGUUAAAGACCAAGUGAGUAAAAGUAUUUCUUUUAUAAUCUUAAAUGCUUUAUAAUAAGAUUAGAAUCUGCACUGUUAAAAAUGUCUUUCUAAAAUUACAGUAAAAUGAACGGCAGCAGUCUCUCCAUCCGAUUAACCGUAAAAUUUACCGUUGAGAAAAUUUCUUUACCUUUACGGAUUUAAAACCGUUUACAACAGACACGGUUAAAAAAACAUGGUAACAAAACUAAACGGUUUUGCUACUGUAUACACCUAAUACUGUUAAUUAACCGGGUCUAAAGAAUUUAAUUGCUUUAUAACCGUAUAGUUUAAUAAUCGUAAAUAUAAAAGUCUAUGGUUUAGAAACUAUUUACAACAUCUCGGGCUAAAGAGAUAACUAGCAUUUAUAACAAUAAAAUAGAAUAAUUCUCUCAUAUGGAAUGUAACUGUAAAUGUAUGGAAUCUUCACGAUUUAUUAUCUAAUUGGAAUACAGGUAAAAAAAAAAUUACAUUAAGCGGAUUUUAAAUUUAUGAGACUAAAACAUUGAAUUGCGUUCAGAAGAUGCAAACAGCUUAUUAAAACUGUUUAGUAAAUUGUUAACUCUAUGAUAUUAGUGGCCAAGAUUUCAGAAAGCAGAUUAGGUGCUAAAAUAGUUUCAAUUUUUCAAAGAAAUAUGUAAAUAGUUCGUAGCUAAAAAAUUACACUGGCCGAGUAACUUAAUAAAUUUAAUUGUAACCUAAGGCCUGACGGGUGACCAUUUUCUUAACAUUGCUUAUCUACCUGAAUAGGAACUAUACAACAACAUUUCUUCCUUAUUGCUCGUUUGGCAUAAGGCCAGCGAGAAUGAAAUUUUUAACAGGUUAAAUACUGAACUUCAAGAUAUAUCAUUUAAUGUAUAAGAAUACAGAAUAUAAAUGAUAAUUAGAACACCUAAUACCACAAUUUUUGAAAAUUAAGUUAUUCUCAAAAUCUAAACUAGGUAAUUCUAACAUCAAAUGUUUCAAUUUUUUAAAUAACACAAAGUUUUUUAUUAAAACUUCAUAAACAUGUUGAUAAAUUAUAGAUAAUGAAAAGAAAACAAUUAGAACUAACAAAAAUGACAUUAUUAAUCUCUACAGAUCAUUUCAUAUAAGCAAAAUAAACACCUUUUAAAAUUUUACGCACCCUGUGAAUGAAAGAAAGAAUAAAAAAUUUAUGAAUUUCGACAAUCUUUCACCCAACUGUCAAAGAUAGAAAGCUUAAAAUCUUAGAGUGAAUCCCUUGAUACAAUCUUUUCCUUUUUUACUUUGGAGCCAGACACUGAAUGUAUUCCAACAAAGCACCUGAAAAAUAUGCUAAAAUUAGUGAAAAAAUAAUUUUAUGCUCAUCAAUUUCUUUGGGCUUCAGAAACAACUAUAAUUAUGAUAAAGUUCAAUAUAAUAGCAAACUGACUUUUUCUAUUGAAAAUUUUGCAAGACAAACAUUACUGAUAUCAAUAUUCCAAAUACUGAUUUUCACGAAACAAAUUUAGCCAAAAUAGAAAAACUUGCCGCAACAUAUCUCAAAUCUGUUAUUGUGGAAAAUGAAAAAAAAAAAAAAACUCCACGAAGUCAAAAAUAUUUUUGAUACUAUUCUAAUACCAAUUUUUCAUGGAGAAUCCUUUUAUUUAGAAACGCUCAACAUACACAUAUGUAAGAAAAUAAAAGCAAAGAGCUUAAAAAAGGGGGCUGUCAUCAAAAAGCAACUGGUCAGCAAUCACCUCUCGGUCUGCUCUCCAAGAUUUUUCUCCCUUUCAGAGGCAACCCCUGUAAGUCCUUCUGAUUGGUUGAUGAAGAAGGGGCUUCCCUUCUGGCAUCUAAUCUGGUAGUUGGUGAAGUCGCCGUAACAUUCCUCCGCCGACAAAUCGUACAUCGUGAGGGAGGGAGGUGACAAGAGGCAAUUGCUUAGAGUCCCAUAAAGUAUUAUACAUGUAUAGGUGAUCGAAAGCUGAGGAGAGGCAGUGUUAACAGUUCGGAUCAACAGGCUAACACUGGAACAGGGUCGAAGAAUCACUCAUACUCCAAACCGGGACAAUUGAUGCUGUAUAUAGAAAGUCGGCACGGGUGUCUGCCUGAAUCUGGAAUGUUUCGGGGGGGGGAGUCUAUUCCGAUGAGUCGUCGAACACUUUGUCAGAUUUCUAAGCACUCCGAUGAAAAUGAUCUGAAGCUGAGGCUGAAGAUCAGCAGGUGAAUACUGUAACCGUGUCGAAGAAUCAACUGUACUGAAGACUAGAACCACGUCGAUGAAUGACAUCCGUCUACUCUGGACUGGAACAACGUCGAUGAAUGACAUCCGUCUAAUCUGGACUGGAACAACGUCGAUGAAUGUGGAAAACUCAGCACUGGAGCCGCUGAUGUAAUGACUGAAUCUAAAAUGUUUAGCAGUAUCAAUUCUUUGGAAGGAACAAUUUGUUUUUUGUUUUUUUUGGAGGGGGAUAAGGAUACAGAGGGUCUGUGGCCAUUUACUAAUUAAGAAUAACAAUUUAAUGUAAGUUAAAAGAAAAUUAUUAUUGCUACUCUGGAAUCCAUAAGUGUCUCCUUUUUGGUUAGUUCCAAAACGCGCUCUCGUGUCUUAGGGAAAUUCGCACGGGGUCUAACUUGCAGCUUACAUAAUCUGGUUGGAUUUCUAGCUAGAUCAGCUAUUCAGUAGAUGCACGUGGCAAGACUUAGCUGCCAAACCAAAUUUUUUUUUAUCUAAGUUAAUUCCUAUUUCUUAUUAUUAAAAAUAAAAAAGAAAUAAUUAUCAAUUUUAAACAAUUGUACUUAGUUUAAAGAAAUUAAUUAUUAAUGCAUUAAAACUACUCAUUGAUAUAACUAGAUGGUUAAGAUAGAAAUCCACGUCUCGAAAUUAAACUUAUUUUCAAAGUUCCCUAGCAUUUUAAAUUUAUAAAAAAAAAUGCCGUGUGUCACGGCGCCAAUGUUUCGAAGUUGACAAUACAUUGCGUUGUUCUUUAGUAAGAUCUAAUAAAUUCGGCUUUACCUAUAAAGUCGCACGUGGAUCUCUAAAUCUAAACUAUCUAAUCUAAAUUAAAUUAAAUUAUAACAUGAUUACAACAGAUCUACAAUUUAGAAUAAAUUUUAAUUCGGGUUAUCUUGAUUACAAUCUAGAUUACUACAAUAACAUAAUUAAACCCUAACACAUAAUACUACAAAAUUAAAGUAUAGAAAAUAGCCAACAUACCCCUGCACCUCUCUCCCUCAAUAUGAAAGCGUCUUUUCUCAAGACUGGUCAGCAAUCAACUCUCGGACUGCUCUCCAAGAUUCUUCUCCCUUUCAGAGGCAACCCUUCAAAGUCCUUGUGAUUGGUUGAUGAAGAAGGGGCUUCCCUUUUGGCAUCUAAUCUGUCAGUUGGUGAAGUCGCCGUAACACUAUUAAUAACGAGUUUUCCCUAUCACUUUUAUCGCUUAAUUUCAGACUUUUAACAUAUCCUAAAUUGUAUUCGCUGACAGUUGCUGAAAUUGCCAGCUCCAGCCUUUUUUUUGACACAAACACCUCUUUUGGGCAUUUGCGUCAAAUGCAACUGUGGCGUGCUUGCAGACAUGCAUUGAGAAAGCAUCUUAUCCGAGGCAAGUCGCUUUCCAAAACUUCACCCGAAAGAUAUGUUUUCCUUAGCGUAUGCGAUUUUGGUUUUUCAUUUAAGGCUAGUGCCCUUUUGAAAAAACCCCAAGAAUAUUUUCCAUCAGGGCAAUUACGGUGCUGGGGCUUGGCGUCAGUUGACUUGCAGUGACGAAGUGCUGCUUAAAUUGCUUUUUUCAUUAAAGUUAUAUUUGGAGCAUUACACACAAUCGCUUUCCUAAAAUAAUUUUUCAACUUCUUUAUAUUGGCCUCAGUAGGAUGCCCUUUUUUCCUUCUGCCAAGAGUAACUUUAUUUAUUCUCCACUCUUUUACCUUGUUUCACAAGGCAGUUCCAAGUCUUUUGGAUACAUGAUUGACACAGUCUUCUAUUUCGAUUUCAAUUUUACAGCCGUAUACAUUUUUGACAGUUCGGUACUGGUGAGUUUUGGCAUCACCAUCAGACAGCACAGUCGUGUAUUGCAUAUUACUCUCUGCUACAGAUCGAUUCCACAGAAUCAAGGCAGACUCCAUUUCCAUACUCCCCGAUGUACCUUGAAGGUUUUUUUGGCACACCGGUUCAUGAGAUUCUUUCCAUAUACCAUAUUCCGCAGAAUUUAUUCCCAAAUCUUUUGCUGUCAUUGUGCAAUCAUGGCAAUAUUUUGACAGCAGUUCGUAGUCUAUUACAAGUCCAGUCAAAAUGUCAAUAACAAGACCUAUAUCAUGAAGAGAAGUAUGACCUCGUUUAUGCCAUGUUCCAUCAUAUGAAAUAUUGAUUUCUAAGGUAUCACCUGGGGACACGUUUGAUUUUGAUUCCCAAUGUUUAUUUAUUACUGUUUCUCUAUAAACACGCAGCAUUUCUGAUUUCAUCAGAAAGUUUUGCUCAGCUAGACUAUCUAGUGAAUAUUUUUUUGUCCAUCGUUGACAUUCCAAAAGUGGAAGAAAGUGUUUCCAUUGUUGUGUAUCCUUUUCCAAUAGACCGGAAUGCGGAUACAAAUUUGCAAUUAAUGUCAAACUUCUUACUUGAAGUUUCCCUCUCACUAGUGAAAGUUGAGCCAAAACUUUUCCCGCAACUUUCACAUUUGAGCUCAAAUUUUGACGCAUAUCUCUAUGUUAUAUGCUCUUCAAUCUUUGAGUUACAUUUAUUGCAGUGACUACAAUGCACAUUUUUUAAAAGUGAGCUAAGUGAAGAUAAAUCUAUAAUGUUGCACUGUGAGGUACUGCUCUGAAUAUUUCUUCCUGUUUCUAGAGAUGAAGAAUAUUCUAUCAUAAUGCAGUUCAACUGUGGCGAAUCAGCAACAGAACUAACAGUUUCUUUUUGACUCGUAUUCUUCGCCCUCCUUAGUUUUGCAUCUUUAGAGCAGGCCUGCUUGUUUCUACUCAUUCUACCUUUCAGUUUUCUCCACUUAGAAGUAAUAGAAUCCAUUAGUCAAAAAAUUCAAUAAAAACAACUCAAAAACGUAAUAAAAACAAUUUUACACCUAACGAAAACAAUUUAGUAAGAAUAAUAGCUUAGGAAAAAGCUGAUUGUUGUAGAAAUAACGAAAAAAAGAGCAAUUUUGACGAUUCAAAUAAACAAAAGUAUUUAAUAAUCAAGCAAUCAGCUAAGUAACUGUGUUGCCAAUUAUAUUUACAAAAAAAACCCUUCUCAAAUGAGGAAUACAAAGCACAUUUAACUUAAAACGAAUCUAAAAAAAUCGGCUGCUUCAAGCUAUAGACUUUUGUUUUCUGAAGGUAAACAAAGGGGUGUGGCCUAAUUAAAAUGCUCAUAUCUCAGUAAAAAAUAAUUCGAUUUUCAAUAUUUUUUUUUUGAAAGCUUAUUACAUCUAUUUUUUGAAAAAAAUCAAAAUGCAAAUUUUGGUCACUUUUUUCAAAUUUGAAGGUCCCCUGUACCCUUAUAUUUAAUUUGAUAUUGUUUAAAGUGGGCAUUGCUGUGUUCGCUAAUAAAGAGAUGCAGUUACAUAAUUCCUCUGUGGGAAACCCACCAUUAGAUUUUAAUUAAUUCAGCAUAGGGAGGAUCAACAUCUUGAAAAAUUAGGCUGUCUAAACAUGCCUGACGCUUAGAAAACUUUCUGCUAACAUAUAAAGCAAAAUAUCCGAUCAUCAUAAUAUCGGGAUUAACGUUGUUAUAAGAGUAAUCAUCCAAAAAUUGCAAUUGUGUCUGGGUUUCAGCUAGGUUACUAUGAUCAUCGAUAAAUGUAACUCAAUCAUCCAUUUUCCUUUUUUUUCAGUAAUUUAUUUUCCUGACACCCUGUAAGUCAAUCAGACUAUACGUAAACAAACUGAGCGUCAUUAGCAAUUGUAGAUCAUGAUGUAACUACAAUAAUAAACGAGCGCGCUUCUGCCCCACGCCCGAACACUUCGUAGAGUAGGUGCUACGUGUAUGCCUAAUAGUGAACUUUGUGAUCGGUGGCUUAAUCAAAAUAUCGUGUCGCUAGCCAUUGGUUCGCGAUCCUAGGUGUAUCACAUCACUUUUCCUAUAUAUGUAUUAAAUACAUUGAUGUUAAAAAAGAAAUUGAAAUAUAAAUCCAUGUAUGGCAUUUACAUUUUGGAAAAGUUUCAUAAGUCUUUCUUCCUUCUAAACUUGUCUAUUUUUAGAAAAUAGUCAACUCCAUUCUGCUUGGGCCACGUGUAAAUGGUAUAGUAGUUCCGCACUUUUUGGCCACACUGAUGCUAAUGCUGUUUUCUCAGCAGGCGAGUCAUCUGUCAUGAAUAUGGCAGGGAACUAGAAAAAAUGUUUCUUUGAUGAACUCAAAUAUAUAUUUAUUCGAAACACUGCUUUGAGUUCAUAUAUUGCACCAGCAACCACAAAUGUCCAUGAGAAAGGCUUCCUCUGACCUAAGUCUAAUUGUCUAUGAACAAAUCCAUAUGCAGAUAUUUUACUAUUAUUUGCAGCAAAAAGUGAGAAUUUUUCGGAGCAUUUUCUCUUAUCAAAAGAGGAAGGAGGUAAUACUGAAAUUUCGCUGCCAGAAUCGAUCAAAAACUUUUGGCCAGUCUUCCGGUCAAGGAGAAAUAAGCGACUGGGCUUUCUUAAUCCAUCUGCGAAGCCAGCUAUGACGGGAUUGAGGUGUUUUUUUUGUCUAUAAUUACAAGGUAUCUGGCACUUCCUGGCUUUAGUCCCAAACCGGUUGUGAUAAAAACAUAAGUUUGAAUCUUCACCUUUCCUUGAGCGAGAUCUUGAACGGUGUCUCGGAAAUUUGCAGCUGAAGCGCUUCAAUUUGCCUGGCAAGCAUUUCAGUAGUAAUACAUGUUGAAUUAUCAGGUGAGGUAACAUAACUUGAAGUUGCACAAAUCACGCUUGGCUGAACGACUUUAGGGACUCUUCAAACUCACUAACGAGUCUGGCGCACAGAUUCUUACAUUUUUCCGAGUCCAGAGAGUUAAGUACAAUGUCAGAAACAUGUGCUAGCGUUUCACCAUCAAUGUUAGCAAUUAGAGCCGAAAAUUUUGUCUGGUUGGUAAUCCCGUUGUAGGUGAAAGCAUUGUCGCAUUGCGCUAUCUGUAAUCUUACGUUUGUUUUCCAGAAGGGAAAAAAUACUGUUGUUCCCUGUUGUUUUCUUUGCCUCCGCUUAUUUAUAUGCUUGCCCUUCAUACGAAGGGCAACUUUAGCGACCUGAUUCUGUUGCUCAUCAAAAGGAAUCUUGUAGGAUAGUUAAAAGAUGUCUGGAAAAUCAGUAGGCUUAAAAGCUUGACCAAGUAAUGAACUCAUUCAUAGUCCAUAGGUCACCACUGAAGCGUAGGUUGCGUUAAAAAUGAAUGAGAGACCAGAUAAAGACAAUCACAUUUUAUUAUAUAAACAUUUAAAAGAAAUAUUAAAUUAAAGAUUUAAAGUUAACAUCAGAUUGCGAAAAAAACAGGCGAAGCACGCUUGAUCAAACAAUCAAUAACCACUGGACUUCCUAUUCACUUCAGGGCAAGCAUUGAUGUGAGCUGUAGAUACUUCUAUAACAUAAGUACUGUUCUCGCCGCAACCUCAAGCACCGUUUUCCAGCUGUAUAAUAAGAUAUAUUCAAUACCCGACUUAUUUCUCUGAUGGAUUUUCCAUCUUCAUAAAGAGCCACUAGUUUUCCUUUUAGAAUGUCAGAGCAGUGAAACAUUAUUUUCUCUAAUUUAACAAUUAAAAUUAGAAAAUCUCUAAAUAAUCUACAACUGUAAACUUCAGCGAAAAUCUCCUAGUAAAAUUUACUCUGCAAUUUGCUAGAGCGAGCCCUCAAGGCGUUGAAGUCAACUUUUGGCGAAUUUAAAUUUUUUCAAACUCGUUUUUUCUUCUUUUCAAUCUGAGCUUUUAUUUAGAAAAAUAUUGCUUUGUACGUCGUGUAACAUACUUUUUUUAAAAUUAUUAUUCUACAGCCAUUCCUUUAUCAAGAGAUGUUAAAUCGCCCUUAGCACACAAGCCAUGUUGGUGAAUGAUGUAGUGGAAUUCAAGAAUCGAAUGUCCUACGUCUGUUUGAAAUAAACUUAUGAACCAUUUUUUUUCUUUACCCCUCAUACUUGGAGCACCAUCAGUUGUUACUGAAACAAUUUUUUUUCAAAUCAAUUUCUUUCUCAGCAAGCAAAUUUUUAACAGCCGUACAAAUAUUUGUGCCCUUUGUAGUUGUUAGCAACGAUAUUAUCGCAAUUAAUUUUUCCUUAAUGACGUUUCCUACGCAAUAUCGAGCAAAAACAGCUAAAUGUGCAGAUUUAGUGACGUCAAGAAUUAGCGAUAUAAAAGGAGCGGAGUUAAUGCAAAUGUCUUAUUCAUCUGUUACAUUUCCUCUCGAAAGGUAGCCUUGAAAAACAUCAGUUAAUCAAAAUCAUCGGCUGAUUUGAUUUUUUUAAAGUUUGUUAAUAAUAUCAGUAACUUUUUUUUUAUUUUUUAUAAUGUACUUUGAAAAAGAAAUUCUUUUAUUCUAUCUAGUUCUACAGCCAUUUCAUUUUUGUCUGCAUUAUUAGCAUUUUCAUUAAGAGGAUCUAUUUUCACAUCAAUGGUUUCUUUAUCUUGAUUAUUUUCUCCAGAUAAUUCCUCCUCUAGUUAAGAAGGUUUUGCAGUGUCUCUGUCUAUAAAUUUGGAGAAAAAGGACACUUAUCUCCUAAUGCUAAUUUCGCCAAUGCAUGUUUUUCCCUUACUGAAAUGGGAGGGGCAUUGGGCAAAGAAAGUUUUUUUUCCAUAAGGAAAAAGCAUUGGUGUUUGCAAAAUGCCCCAUACAUUCCAGUAGAGCAAGUGCAAACCCUUAACUCAUUGUUAAUAGUGUAUGAUUUAUUAACAUCAUUAUCGCUCUGCACCUGAAACAAAUUUGGUGCACACUCUCGCACAUUUUCAUCUUUUAAGUAUUUGCUCUUUUCAUAUACUGAUUUUAAUAUUAAAUCUACAUUUCUUCUGAGAGUGUGUGCGUAUUCCAAAAGUUUUCUAGUUAAAAAUUUCUCCCAAACCUCAAGACAUAAUUCAAUCGAAGCUACUACAUUAAAAGCUUUUGUCCUAUUUAGGACAAUAUCUUUUACUGUGCGAAUCGUUGACACGGCAUAGUUGUUAGUAUUGUUAUCCCUGGUUAAUGAUCUAUCUAGCAAAACCCAUUUUUUUCUUCUUAGGAAAAAAUAGUUGAAUCUUGCUACAAAUUGUGGAUACUGUUUUUCCUUUCGCACCUCGCUUACUGCCUCAGAAAGGUUUGUUUCUGUUCUGUUAAAAAAUUGAAUACAAUUAAACUGAAAUUCCAAUUUAAGAUUAUAAGAAUUUAUCCUAAUCCACUGUGUGUCUCUGCAAUUUUGUAAUUACCUGGUUAGAUUUGUAGAAACUAGUAUAACGUUCUCACAUUUGCGUGAAACAAAGACAACAUUAAUACAUCAGAGGAUAAAAUUAAAAGUUUUAUUUUCAGGAAAAGCAUACAGUCACAAAACUGAGUGACUAACUUGAAAUAAAUUAAAAUACAAAAGUGUAUAACACACUGAGUAGUAGUAAAUACUUUGUGGUUUUACAGAGUUUUUAUAUGCUGGGAAAAGUGCGCUAUAACAAAAAUGACAUCUGUAUCUUGCAGUUGCUUACAGUUAAUUUCCGAGAGCAGAAAGAAAAUCAGGAUGUGCUCGAUAACAGGUUGCAGGUUCGGUAUUCCCUUCGAUCUAGCGAACUCUACAGUCUAAACAAAAAUUCUUAUAACAAAAAAAUUGACAACUGCCGAGAUAGGCCUUCGAUCGAACAGUUUUUUUCCAACUUUUGUAAAUUGUUGUGAGCAUUUUCAACAUGGGUUAAAUAUGCAGUAGUAUCCUGAAAAUUAUAGUUGCAGUUACAACUUUCAAACACAUUGAAAAAAACAACAAUUAUUUUUACGAAAUCAAUUUAUUACAAUUACUACAACUUUUUAAUAUCAAAGUAAUUGCCUUUUUUUUAAAGUAUUUACAUGAAAUUAUAUUAUUUAAGUUUUUUUUUAAUUAAGUUCCUCAUAAAUACUUAACAAAACAUGUUGGAUGAAUUUUAAACUGUUUUCUUUGGAUAACGAAAUGUUAUGUGUAUUAUGUACUUUUAAAAAAUUAGUACCAUUAAACUAAAGUUCAAAAUUCAAGAUAAAAAGAAUUUAUCCUAAUCUACGGUGUGUCUUAGCAAUUUCAUUAUUGCCUGGCUAGUCUAGAAAAGUUUUUAUAAAAGAAAAAUGGACGAAAAGUUUUAAUCCUAAGUGAAAGUAUUUUAUUUCAUUCGUUCACAGUUUCGUUCGUUGAAUGUGAAAAAAUGCAAUUGAUAUACAAAUCUAUAAAUCUUUCACCUUCAGUAGAUUUGGUGGAAAACUCUGUUACUAAAGAAUUUAAAGAUUGUUCUACUGUCUUUAUUGGACACUUUGGACUAUCCUAAAGUGUAAUUACCAAAACAUAAAACACUCAUAUUUCGCGUGCUCUCACUGUUCCAACUAAUAAAGAAAUGAACCCUUCCACCAAGCUCUCCCUCCCCCCAUGCAUUAUCAUGUGAUGAGAGAAUAAUACCUUCACUUUUCUUACAGGGUAAGUGUUUAUCUUGUUGGGCAUUUUCAACAACUGGAGCUCUCGAAGCUCACUUAGCUAUGAAAACUGGUGAUCUGAUAGGAUUAAGUGAACAAAAUCUUGUGGACUGUUCCAAGAAAUACGGUUGCCGCGGUGGUAAUCCCGUCCCUGCUUUGGAAUACGUCUAUAAAAAUAAAGGAAUAAACACCGAGAAAGAUUAUCCGUAUACAGGCAAGGAUGGUGUUUGUAAGAAUGAUAAAACCAAAAAUAAGGCACCGAUCAAAACAUUUAGGCAAUUGGAAAAAGGAGACGAAGAAGCAUUAAAAAUAACUGUUGCGACUUAUGGACCUGUUAUAGCAUCGAUUUACAUCACGCAAAAUUUCGUGAACUACCGUACUGGCGUAUUUCAUGAUGAAAAAUGCACAAGUGAUGUUUUUGUCAACCACGCUGUUUUAGUCGUUGGAUAUGGCACAUCACCAGGAGGCGUACCCUACUGGCUAAUCAAAAACAGUUGGGGUCGAAAAUGGGGUGAGAAAGGAUAUUUUAGACUGAUUCGAAAUGAAAACAACCAAUGUCAAAUUGCUUCUUAUGUAAUUAUGCCGAUUAUGGCCUGAAAACCAAUAAAGAUUUUGA